GGCUUGGCCGCCUGGACCGGACGGAGCGCGGUGCGGAGCAGACAUGACCUCGCGCAGGUGGUUUCACCCCAACCUCGGCGGGGUCGAGGCGGAGCAGCUGCUCCUGUCCCGGGGCCAGCACGGGAGCUUCCUGGCCAGACCCAGCAGGAGCUGCCCGGGAGGCUUCACGCUGUCCGUCAGGCGCCACGACGAGGUGACCCACAUCAAGAUCCAGAACACGGGCGACUACUACGACCUGUAUGGAGGAGAGAAGUUCGCCACGCUGGCUGAGCUGGUGCAGCACUACACGGACCAGCGCGGGGGGCUGCUCCGAGAGCGCAGCGGGGCCCCCGUCGAGCUGCGGCACCCACUGGGCUGCCAGGACCCCACGACCGAGAGGUGGUACCAUGGGCACCUGUCUGGCAAGGAGGCCGAGAAGCUGCUGAUGGAGAAGGGCCGUCCGGGCAGCUUCCUGGUGCGGGAGAGUCAGAGCAAACCCGGGGACUUCGUGCUGUCGGUGCUCACACAGCCGCUGGACAAGGCGGACCGCCGGCCACGGGUCACUCACGUCAUGAUCCGCUUCCAGCCAGGCGGGAAGUUCGACGUGGGGGGUGGGGAGCAGUUCCACACCCUUGGAGACCUGGUCGAGCGCUACAAGAAGAACCCCAUGGUGGAGAAGUCAGGGGCCGUGGUGCACCUCAAGCAGCCCCUCAAGGCCACGAGGAUCAGCGCCUCGAGCAUCGACAGCCGCGUGCAGGAGCUCAACAAGGCCACCGACGCCAGCGAGAAGGCCAAGCAGGGCUUCUGGGAGGAGUUCGAGAUGCUGCAGCAGCAAGAAUGUCGGCUCCUAUUUCCCCGGAAGGAGGGGCAGCGGCUGGAGAACAAGCCCAAGAAUCGCUACAAGAACAUCCUUCCCUUUGACACCACCCGUGUCACCCUGCAUGACGUGGACCUCAACGUGCCUGGAGCUGACUACAUCAACGCCAACUACAUCAGGAGUGACCCAGAGGAGAAGCCAGGCCACGGACCGGGCAAGGUGUACAUCGCCACCCAGGGGUGUCUGCAGACCACAGUGGCUGCCUUCUGGGCCAUGGUGCACCAGGAGAACACGCAGGUCAUCGUCAUGACCACCCGGGAGGUGGAGCGAGGGCGGAACAAGUGUUUCCGAUACUGGCCAGAGCUACAUGGCAGCCAAGAGUAUGGCCAGGUAUGCGUGUGCAACGUGGCUGAGAACCAGGCCCAGGGCUACUGUGUGCGGGAGCUGCAGGUGUGGCGGCCAGACCAGGAGGAGCCGCCGCGGGCGGUGAAGCACUACCAGUACCUCAGCUGGCCCGACCACGGGGUCCCGGCCGAGCCCGCCGGUGUCCUCAGCUUCCUGGACGAGGUGAACCGCGCCCAGAGCAGCGUGCCGGGGGCCGGACCCAUGGUGGUGCACUGCAGCGCCGGAAUCGGACGCACCGGGACCAUCAUCGUGAUUGACAUCCUGGUGGACGUCAUCCGCAGGCAGGGGCUGGACUGCGACAUCGACGUCCCCACGACGAUCCAGCUGGUGCGGCGGCAGCGCUCGGGGAUGGUGCAGACCGAGGCGCAGUACAAGUUCGUGUACCUGGCGCUGCAGCGGUACAUCCAGGGCGAGCAGCUGCGCCUGCGCGAGCAGCGCGAGACGCCCGAGGACCCCGACUACCUGAACGUGGGCGCCGCCCCCACCGACCCGCGUCGCAGCCCUGCACCCGCGCCGUCCCGGGCACCCGCGGCGACCACGGAGCCCUCCGGCGGCGUGUACGAGAACCUGCGCGGUCUCGGGCGGUGAGGGCGCCCAGCAAGGCCGGCCCUCGUGUUCCUCGCAAGGACUGUGUUAGGACGGUACUGACCGGAGCUCGUCUCGGAGUCGCCGCUCAGACCCUCCGGGCUAAGCCUGAACGCCUAGAGAUGGCGGG